GGAGAGGACCUCAUCUUUCCCAAACCGUAAUUGCGCUGCGCACUAGAAAAAACUGCUUUCACAGCUGUCAAUAGUGAAUAAUAAUAAAUCCAAGGCCCUCGCGCCAACCUUUGCAUUGUUUCGUUCCUCAAUUCAGAAUUUCACAAAUCACCACAUCCUUCUUGAGGGGUCCCACUUCUAACUCCGCCGGCUAUCUUCGCCGCCGAUCGUGCCAGUUUCUAGAUCCAUCCUUUUGUUGAGAAAUUGCAAGAAUGAGUCAAGUAUUCGAAGGAUACGAGCGUCAGUACUGCGAGCUCUCUGCAAAUCUUUCCAGGUUGUGUACCGCUGCCGGUGCUCUUGAUGGAGAGCAAAAGAAGCAAAAGCUUUCUGAAGUUAAAACUGGACUUGAAGAUGCGGAAUCUUUGAUUCGUAAAAUGGACCUUGAAGCAAGAAGUUUACAACCCAAUGUUAAGGCUGUCCUUCUGGCUAAGUUGAGGGAAUACAAGUCAGAUCUGAACAAUUUGAAAAGUGAAGUUAAAAGAAUUGCAUCUGGUAAUCUAAACCCAGCUGCCAGAGAUCAGCUGUUGGAAUCAGGGAUGGCUGAUGCAUUGAUGGCCUCAGCUGAUCAAAGAUCAAGAUUAAUGAUGACUACAGACAGAUUAAAUCAGUCCGGUGACAGAAUUAAGGAAAGUAGAAGAACCAUGCUGGAAACUGAAGAGCUUGGUGUUUCAAUUCUUCAAGAUUUGCAUCAGCAGCGAGAGUCUCUAUUGCAUGCCCAUAACACGCUUCAUGGAGUGGAUGACAACAUUGGCAAGAGCAAGAAAGUGUUGAGUGCCAUGACAAGGCGGAUGAACAGGAACAAGUGGAUUAUUGGUGCCAUUAUUGCAGUCCUUCUUGUUGCUAUCGUCUUGAUCUUGUAUUUCAAACUCAAAUAAGCCAAGAGAAUUCUUCUUGUGCUCGCCGAGUGUUUCAUGGGAACGUAAUUUAUUUUUAUUCUGGUUCCCGUGGCUAAUUGUGAUAAGUUUGCCAUUGAGUUCUGACAUAAAAAUAUUGGCUUUUAUAUAUUGCCAAUGUACUUUUUCAUACAUUGUCAUCCUAUGGAGUGGACUUUGGGAUAAACCUUAAAUGUAUAUGCUCUUUUAUCUCUAUGUGAUAUCUUUUUUGAACA